AUGUCUUUCCUUUUUGGCGGUCAGCCCAAGAUGUCCUCGGAGCAGAAGCUUGCUGCUGCCGAGACCGAGGUCGAGAUGAUUUCCGACAUGUUCACCCGCCUCUCCGAAUCCUGCACUAAGAAGUGCAUUCCCACCGACUACCGCGAGGGCGAUCUCAACAAGGGCGAGUCCGUCUGCCUCGACCGCUGCGUCUCCAAGUUCUUCGACGUCAACAUCAAGGUCAGCGAGAAGAUGCAGGGCGAAGCUGCUGCCAACGCCUCUAAGGGCGGUAUGGGCUUCGGCAUGUAA